UCUCAGAAUCCCACGAGACUGGACUCUCUCUCUCUCAUCCCCGAUCACCGUUCCUCCUACGAGCUCGAAUCACGACGCACCACGUGGCGUAAUGGCAGGAGAUAAAGUGCCCCCCGUCUUACUUCGAUUACACGUGAGUGUGUGAAGAAGAAGAAGGAAGAGGCAAAGAGCUAAACAAACUCACUCCCAUUUUCAAAAAGAUCUUUCUUUUGUGAUUCAGAUUUCUCAAGUUUCGGUUUUUUCUCAACAGAUCAAAGUGUGACAAGAAAGCAAUGAGUAACUCUCUAGUGCAUAACUUACUUAACCGGGCUUUGAUUCGUCCUCCACAUCAUACCAAGCUCAACUCUUCUUCCCUUCAGCCAGUGGGGAAGAUUAGCAGAUCUAAUCUGAGUACACAGUUAUACGGUAAAGGUCUUCAUAAGUCAGGAAGGAGGCUGCUCACUGAAUCAGGAAGGCCUGUCUCGUUUGUUACACGAGCUGUGCUUGCCAUGGAUCCUGCUUCUCAGGCAGUAGAGAAAUUUAAUCUUGAUGGAAACAUUGACUUACUGGUCGAAGUCACUUCUACAAAUGUAAGAGAAGUAAAUAUCCAGAUAGCUCACACAAGUGACUCGUUGCUUCUACACUGGGGUGCAAUACGUGACAACAAAGAGAAAUGGGUUCUACCUUCUCGCUCUCCGGAUAGGACUAUAAACUACAAGAGCAGGGCACUUAGAACUCCAUUUGUGAAAUCCGGUGGCAACUCUUACCUCAAACUAGAGAUAGAUGAUCACGCUAUACAAGCUAUUGAGUUUCUUAUAUUUGAUGAGAGUCGGAACAAAUGGUACAAAAACAACGGUCAAAAUUUUCAUAUAAACUUACCCAUGGGAAGUAACGUGGAGCACAACGUUUCUGUUCCUGAGGAUCUUGUACAGAUCCAAGCAUAUAUUAGAUGGGAACGUAAUGGUAAACAAAAUUACUCCCCGGAGAAAGAGAAGGAGGAGUAUGAAGCAGCUCGUACGGAGCUACGGGAGGAAAUGAUGAGAGGUGCUUCAGUGGAAGAUCUUCGAAGAAUGCUGAAGAAAGAUGACAAUAGUGACUCUCCGGAGUCUAAGGAGACUUCAUCCAGUGGACAGGAGUCAGAGAAAAAAGUUUCCAAGCAACCGAAGCAGAAAAAACAUUUCAGCACUGAGAAGAUUCAGCGCAAGGGAAGGGACCUGAAUAAGCUUAUAUGUAAGCACGCUGCUGAUUCUGUUGAGCCAGAAUCCAAAUCCUCAAGUGAACCAAGGGCCUUAACGACUCUCGAGAUGUACGCUAAAGCAAAGGAGGAACAAGAAAGUACUCCGGUCUUUAGCAAGAAAACGUUCAAGCUUGAAGGCAGCAUGAUCUUGGUUCUUGUCACUAAGCUUUCCGGAAAGACUAAAAUACAUCUGGCAACUGAUUACAAAGAGAAGAUUACUCUGCACUGGGCUUUGUCACAAAAGGGUGGAGAGUGGUUGGACCCACCUUCAGAUAUACUGCCACCAAACUCUUUGCCAGUACGUGGUGCUGUUGAUACACAACUCACCAUUGCUUCAACAGAUCUUCCUAGUCCGGUGCAAACUUUUGAGGUGGAAAUAGAAGGCGACAGUUACAAGGGCAUGCCGUUUGUACUCAAGGCUGGUGAAAGGUGGAUAAAAAAUAGUGGCAGAGACUUUUAUGUGGACUUUGCUAAAGAAGAAAAACAUGUUCAGAAGGAUUAUGGCGAUGGAAAAGGUACAGCCAAGAAUUUACUGGAUAGAAUCGCAGAUCUGGAGAGUGAGGCCCAAAAGUCUUUCAUGCAUCGAUUCAACAUUGCAGCAGAUCUUGUGGACGAGGCAAAGAAUGCUGGUCAACUGGGUUUUGCAGGGAUCUUAGUCUGGAUGAGGUUUAUGGCUACAAGGCAGCUUGUGUGGAACAAAAACUAUAAUGUUAAGCCAAGGGAGAUAAGCAAAGCGCAGGAUAGGUUGACUGAUGUUCUACAGGAAGUUUAUGCAAGCUAUCCAGAGUACAGAGAACUUUUGCGGAUGAUAAUGUCUACCGUUGGUAGAGGCGGUGAAGGAGAUGUUGGGCAACGAAUCCGAGACGAAAUUCUAGUCAUCCAGAGGAAUAAUGACUGCGCGGGUGGGAUGAUGGAGGAGUGGCAUCAGAAGUUGCAUAACAAUACUAGUCCAGAUGACGUUGUCAUCUGUCAGGCUUUGAUGGACUAUGUGAAAAGUGACUUUGACAUGAGUGUUUACUGGAAGACAUUGAACGACAAUGGCAUAACCAAAGAGCGGCUCUUGAGUUAUGAUCGUGCCAUACACUCUGAACCAAGUUUUAGAAGAGAACAAAAAGAUGGUCUCCUCCGUGAUCUUGGACACUACAUGAGGACUUUAAAGGCUGUUCAUUCAGGGGCAGACCUGGAGUCGGCUAUACAAAAUUGCAUGGGCUACCAAGAUGAUGGUGAAGGUUUCAUGGUUGGGGUGCAGAUAAAUCCUGUAUCAGGACUUCCUUCUGGAUAUCCAGUACCUUUCCUCUCAUCUUCUUCCACAUUUCAAGAAUUUAAUACACCUGUCAUAUCAGUACAACUUAAACUGUGUUGGCAUUUUCCUCAACAGGACUUGCUUCGUUUUGUUCUACAACAUGUUGAAGAAAAGAAUGUAGAGCCACUUCUUGAGGGUUUGCUCGAAGCUCGUCAAGAGCUAAGGCCACUUCUGCUGAAGUCUCAUGACCGCCUCAAGGAUCUAUUAUUCUUGGACCUGGCUCUCGAUUCUACUGUCAGAACAGCUAUUGAAAGAGGAUAUGAGCAAUUGAAUGAUGCUGGACCUGAGAAAAUUAUGUACUUCAUCAGCCUCGUUCUUGAAAAUCUUGCCCUUUCGUCAGAUGACAAUGAAGAUCUUAUCUACUGCUUGAAGGGAUGGCAAUUUGCCCUCAACAUGUUCAAGAGCAAAAAAGAUCAUUGGGCUUUAUAUGCAAAAUCUGUUCUUGACAGAAGCCGACUGGCACUUCAAAGCAAAGCGGAGAGGUACCUUGAAAUUUUGCAACCAUCGGCUGAGUAUCUCGGAUCUUGUCUUGGAGUCGAUCAAUGGGCUGUUAGCAUAUUUACUGAAGAGAUCAUUCGAGCUGGAUCUGCUGCAGCGUUGUCGUCACUGGUUAACCGACUCGACCCAGUUCUUAGGCAGACUGCCAACUUGGGAAGUUGGCAGGUUAUAAGUCCUGUAGAGGUCGUUGGAUACGUCAUUGUUGUGGAUGAAUUGCUCACUGUACAGAACAAAACCUACGAUAGACCUACGAUCAUAGUUGCGAAAAGAGUGAGAGGAGAGGAGGAGAUUCCUGAUGGUGCUGUUGCAGUACUCACGCCUGACAUGCCUGAUGUACUAUCUCAUGUUUCUGUCCGAGCAAGAAAUGGAAAGAUCUGCUUUGCCACAUGUUUUGAUUCUGGGAUCUUAUCUGAUCUCCAAGCAAUGGACGGGAAAGUGCUGAGCCUAAAACCAACAUCUGCAGAUGUGGUCUAUAGAGAGGUAAACGAGAGUGAAGUUUCGAGUCAAAGUUCAGACAACUUAGAAGAUGUCCCUCCUCCAAGCAUUUCCUUGGUCAAGAAGCAGUUUGUGGGUAGAUAUGCUAUAUCGUCUGAGGAGUUCACUAAUGACUUGGUUGGUGCUAAAUCAAGAAAUAUUGGAUAUCUGAAAGGGAAAGUUCCGUCUUGGGUUGGUAUCCCAACUUCAGUUGCGCUGCCGUUUGGUGUUUUUGAGAAGGUUCUCUCUGAAAAGGCCAAUCAGGCGGUGAGCGAGAAAUUGCAAGUACUGAAGAAAAGUCUUGAUGAGGGAGACCAAGGUGCUCUUGGAGAAAUCCGUAAGACAGUGUUGGGACUGGUUGCACCCGCAGAACUGGUUGAAGAAUUGAAAAGUACUAUGAAAAGUUCUGACAUGCCAUGGCCGGGUGAUGAAGGUGAACAGAGAUGGGAGCAAGCUUGGUCAGCCAUUAAAAAGGUGUGGGCUUCAAAAUGGAACGAGAGAGCGUACUUCAGCACAAAGAAAGUAAAACUGGAUCAUGACUAUCUCUGCAUGGCUGUUUUGGUCCAAGAAGUCAUCAAUGCUGACUAUGCCUUCGUCAUUCACACAACCAACCCAUCUUCUGGAGAUUCAUCAGAGAUUUACGCUGAGGUUGUUAAAGGCCUUGGUGAAACACUUGUAGGAGCGUAUCCAGGUCGGUCUCUGAGUUUCAUCUGCAAGAAAAACAACCUUGAUACACCUCUGUUGCUAGGUUACCCUAGCAAACCCAUUGGACUGUUCAUAAGACGCUCCAUCAUCUUCAGAUCCGAUUCUAACGGAGAAGAUCUCGAAGGUUAUGCAGGUGCAGGUCUCUACGACAGUGUACCAAUGGACGAGGAAGACAAAGUCGUGCUCGAUUACACAACUGAUCCUCUCAUCACUGACGAGAGCUUCCAGCAAAAGAUUCUCUCAGACAUUGCACGCGCAGGAGAUGCCAUCGAGAAGCUGUAUGGAACUCCACAGGAUAUUGAAGGUGUGAUCAGAGACGGGAAGCUAUAUGUCGUGCAGACACGACCACAAGUGUGAUCAAAUUCUCCGACCAUUUCUCAGUUGUAUACGUUAAGUUAUUUGUCCAGUGAACUUCUUCUUUGCUCUAUAAGGAAAGAGUGUAAAGCAUAUAUAGAUUAAAAAUAUGUAGUAAACAAACAUUAUUCGGCAUUACCAUUAAGAUGUAAGCAAAAAACGGUAAUUGUUGGAGUUGAAAGCUUCUUCGGCUUUUGCUU